GGGGUGGUGUUUUCUUAUAACAAAUGGUAGUGCCUCCAAAGUACAGCUGAAUAGCAAAGAAAAUAACAACAAUGAAGUAAAAGAAAGGCAAGAAAGAAACAGUAAUCAUUCAUAUCAUUCAUAUAUAUCUUCGAGAAUGAAAGUAACAACAGAAUUCCCAGUGUCAAUCCGCGCAAAAUUCAUAUUCCCAUUCCCUCCUCAUCAUCAACAGUCAUAUGCUUCUAACUCUCAUUUCAUCAAACACUUUUCGUCUUCCUCUUCGUCCUGUUUGGUGCGUUGUUGUUUAUCAUCAACCAAUAAUAAUAAUAAUAAUAAUAAUUAUAAUUCCAGCAAUGCUAGUACUAGUACAUCAAUACCAUCAUCAUCAUCAUCAUCAUCUGGAUGGGUCAACAACUGGAAAUCAAACCCUAACAUAAAGCCUCAUUCGAAAAGCUCCAUCUCUGCGGGUCCCCAGGUUACAACUACUACAGCAAUUGACCGAAUAGUUUUACGUUUACGAAAUUUAGGAUUACCCUCUUCUUCUGAUGAUGAGGAUAUUAUUGAGGAUAAUAAUAAUUCACGAGUGGUAGCAGCAGAUGAUGAUGAGAAACUUGCUGAUUUAUUGAAAAGAGACUGGGUUCGACCUGAUAGGAUUCUAAUACAAGAAGAAGAAGAAGAAGAUAGCGUAUUGCCAUGGGAGAAAGAAGAAUACCGACAACAACCAGGAGGAGGAGGGAUGAGCAAUAAUGGGCAAGUCAAAAAGGGUAUGAAGAAAGCACCUACAUUGGCUGAAUUAACACUUGAGGAUUCCGAGUUGAGGAGGUUAAGGACGGUGGGUACUACUCUGAGGGAAAGGAUUACGAUUCCUAAAGCUGGGAUUACGGAAUCCGUUCUUCAAAACAUACAUGAUCACUGGAGGAAAUCUGAGUUGGUUAGGCUUAAAUUUCAUGAGGUUUUGGCCAGAGAUAUGAAAACUGCUCAUCACAUUGUUCAGCGCCGGACAGGUGGACUAGUCAUAUGGCAAUCAGGAAGUGUCAUGAUGGUGUAUAGGGGAGUUAAUUAUGCUGGCCCUUCUUCAAGAUCUCAAUCUACUGAAAAUCCCAGUGAUACUCUUUUCGUUCCCGAUGUUUCCUCUGCCAAUAAUAAUAUAGUAACAAGAAAUGAUGAUGUUGCUGCAACUAGUCCUGCUACAAGAACACCUGUUCUUGCAGACCGCACCAUGACUGAAGAGGAAACUGAAUUUAAUAGUGUGUUGGAUGGGUUAGGUCCACGGUUUCAGGAAUGGUGGGGAACAGGAAUACUUCCGGUAGAUGCCGAUUUACUUCCUCAAACAGUUUCUGGCUUCAAAACUCCAUUCAGGCUUCUUCCUACUGGAAUGAGGUCUAAAUUGACCAAUGCAGAAAUGACAAAUUUAAGGAAGCUUGCUAAGUCACUUCCUUGCCAUUUUGCUCUUGGGAGAAACAGGAAUCAUCAGGGUUUGGCAUCUGCUAUAAUCAAACUUUGGGAGAAAAGUAUGGUUGCUAAAAUUGCUGUGAAACGUGGAAUUCAAAAUACCAAUAAUGAGUUAAUGGCUGAGGAGUUAAAGAGGCUAACAGGAGGUGUCCUACUACUCAGAAACAAAUAUUAUAUUGUGAUAUAUCGUGGAAAAGAUUUUGUUCCCAGAAGUGUGGCUACAGCUCUAGCAGAAAGACAAGAAAUGACAAAAGAGAUACAAGAUGCAGAAGAGAAGGUGCGGAAUAGAGUAGUAGAAGCAGCAGCUUGUGCAAGUGUUGAAAAUGGACAGGCGGCACUUGCAGGAAGUUUGGCAGAGUUUUAUGAGGCUCAAGCACAAUGGGGAAGAGAAAAAACAAGUGAAGAACACGAGAUUAUGAUAAAAGAAGCUUCCAAAACAAAAGUCACUCGAGUUGUUAAGAAACUCGAACAUAAGUUAUUUAUCGCCCAAUCUAAAAGGCUGAAAGCAGAUAAAGAAUUGGCCAAGAUAAGAGAGUCCUGGUUUCCUGCUGGUGCUCCUGAAGACCAGGAAACAAUUACAGACGAGGAACGUGUUAUGUUCAGAAGAGUUGGAUUGAGAAUGAAGCCCUACUUACCACUUGGUAUUCGUGGUGUCUUUGAUGGUGUUAUUGAGAACAUGCAUUUACACUGGAAACAUAGAGAACUUGUAAAACUUAUAUCAAAGCAGAAAGAUAUCGAAUUUGUUGAAGAAACAGCAAGGUUUUUGGAGUAUGAAAGUGGUGGGAUAUUGAUAGAUAUUGUCAGAGUUCCCAAAGGUUAUGCUAUCAUGUACUAUCGUGGAAAGAAUUAUCAGAGACCAAUUAGUAUUAGGCCAAGAAGCCUACCUUCUAAAGCAAGGGCUUUGAAACGUUGGAAGGCCUUGCAGAGAUACGAGGCUCUCACUGAACAUGUAACUGAAUUGGAGAACACCAUAAAGCAAAUAAAGCAAGAAAAUGGUGGUUUUGAUGAUAUCAUGGAUAUGAGUGCCCAAAGCUCGGAAGAAAUAGAACUGCACGCUCCUGUCUCAGAAUCUAUUCUGGGUGAUGAUGAAAGUUCAUGGGAGAAUUCUGAUGAUGAAGUAGAUGCAGAUCAAGAUGAAGAUGAGGAUUCCGAUUGGGAAAACGAUGAACAAUUAUAGUUGUUUGACAUUGUACUUGGAGGGAUAUAUAGGGGCUGAUAAUGGAAAUGAUUUCUUGUCUUGUGUUUGGUAGCCCCAAGAAUUGAAGACAGGGAGAAAUAGAAUUUCCGUGAGAAUUCAUUUUCAAUGCAUUUUGAUUUCUAUAUAUUUUGAGAAAAGAUCAGUUUCGUAUAAGGGAAUUACUACGCAUACUUCCAUUGGGAAACUGGUGAAGAGUCAAGAGCCAAAAAAAAAAGUUUAUAUAAAGCAAAGUCACAUGAGUGCCACAUGAUUUCAACAAAAUUGAAAACUCUUCUAGACCUAAGCCAUUUUUGGCUAUUGAGAUUUGUGGCUAUUUGUCAUCCACUGUAUUUUUCUCAUCUUCACCACGGCAUAACUGGGUUAUUUUCUAAUCUUAUCUCUUAAUUUGGUUCAUUUUUCCUAUACUGCUUUUUUAUAUCUGUUAGGAUACGCGUAUUUAUGAAUUCUGAACACAGUUUGGCUCCAUGAUGUUAAAUAGGGAAGAUAUAAGUAUUAGUAACAUUUUGGCCAA